GGUCAUUCGGUUUGUUGCCGCCGUUUGCGGAAACGGUCCGAUUUGAGAAGCGUGUAAGGAGCUCGCGCGGGCUGCUCGAAACGAUUACACUUCGAACAGCCUGCAAUCGAUGCGAUCGGAAUUGUUUACGUGGAAUAUCGAGACGUGUCGAGGAUAAUAUACGGCGGUAAAGGCAGUUUUCCGAGAGAAAUUCAUCGAGAGGUAUUCGAACGACGAACAGUGCAUUCCGUUAUUUUCCCUGUCAAAAGAGAGACACGCGAAAGUACCGGUGAUUUUUCCUGGUCCGUCGGUCGACCGCGCGCUCGACUGCUCUCGGUUUUUCACUGCGAGUGACUUUACGUAGAAUUACCGUGGAGCAGACGAGAGCAUGUGAGACGCUCUUGAGAGUUCGAAGACACCGUGGGGGAUAGCUCUGCCACCCCUCGUGCCUCCUCGACCAUUAACCAAGGCCACGUGGACCACGUCGGGAGCCUGGAUAAAAUAUGUGCCAGCAUGUCCGAAGCCGGGGCGCAGGAAGCAGUGAGCGGGGAGAUCGAGCGGCAGGCGUCUGUUUACGUGUUCCCGGGAUUGGUUCGUCCGCCUUAUCCGACGGCCGUUUUGACGACUCCGUUACAGCCUCCACCCACUGCCCCCGUCACCGACAUUUCGACGGUCAUCGGGACCACCGUCGUCCCUACGGUUCCCGGCGCGUUUGCGAGAGGCGACAGCAACGACGAGGAGGCAGCGUCACGUGCCAGGAGACGACCACCGUUUCCACGGACCCACGCGCGCUCUGCCAGUCAUGGAGGUGUUCUGGCGGAGAGUCUGGCGAAUACGGGAUUGCAGGGGAACACGGGAUCGUAUCUCGGCCCCCUUUCAGCGGUCGGGGGCGCGAGACCCUCGGCGCUGAAGAAGCCUGGACAUCAAAGGGCGUUCAGCCAAGGCCAGGUGGUCGACGUUCAAGGGCACUCGGUGACUGGACACAGUCGGGUCGGAUCCCGAACGGACUUUAUACUACCGCCUGGCCACAGGGAGGAGCCCAGGCCACCCACCGCUGGAAAGACACCCUCCUUUCGAGGUCACUCGCGACAGGCUUCCAGAUCGGAGUCGAUAUACACGAUAAGACGUAGCGCGGAACCGCCUUGGUGGAGGAGACUUUGGGCUCGAUGCUUCGGCCCAUUGCCGGAGGAACCUCGUCUGAGGACCAUAGUGCCGAACCACUUGGUGCCGCCGAAAACUCCGCCGAGUCAGCAUCCAAAUGGGAGAAGGGUGAACAAUAGAGUACGCACAACGAAGUACACGAUGCUGAGCUUCCUACCUCGCAACCUUCUCGAGCAGUUUCACCGUGUGGCCAAUCUGUAUUUUAUAUUUAUCGUUCUACUUAAUUGGGUGCCAGCCAUAAACGCCUUCGGCAAGGAGGUUGCCAUGAUACCCGUGAUCUUCGUGCUGGGCGUGACGGCCCUGAAAGAUUACUUCGAGGACCGGCGAAGACUCGCCAGCGAUCGCCGCGUCAAUAAUUCCACCUGUCGCGUCUACGUCGGGGAAGACGACAGGUAUGCAAAGGUGGCGUGGAAAGACGUGAAGGUCGGCGACCUGGUUCACCUCUCGAACAACGAACUAGUACCGGCCGACGUGCUGCUCUUGCGGAGCAGCGAUCCUCAGGGCUUAGCUUACAUCGAUACCUGCAACCUCGACGGCGAGACCAAUCUGAAGCAACGGCAAGUGGUCAGAGGUUUCAUCGAUCUACAGGACACCUUCCAGCCGGCGAAAUUCCGAUCUGUGAUCGAGGUCGAUCAGCCUAGUACUAGAAUAUAUAGGUUUCAUGGAGCCGUCGUUCAUCCGAACGGCGGUAGAGUACCUGUCUCCACGGAGAACCUCUUACUCAGGGAAUGUUUGUUAAAAAAUACCGAUUUCGUGGAAGGCAUUGUGAUAUACGCCGGCCACGAGACGAAAGCGAUGCUUAACAACGGUGGACCUAGAUAUAAGCGUUCUAGACUCGAGAAACAGAUGAACAGGGACGUUAUAUGGUGUGUAGUGAUACUAUUGCUGCUAUGCGUGAUCGGUGCGAUCGGUUGUCGACUGUGGCUGUCCGGUUACUCCGGUCUCUGGUUCGUCCCCUUCAUCCCUGUUCUUCAGGAGCCGAGCUACGAGAGCAUGCUGACGUUCUGGACGUUCGUUAUCAUACUUCAAGUGAUGAUACCGUUGAGCCUGUACGUCACUAUAGAGAUGGCGAAAGUGGGACAGGUUUAUCAUAUCGGGCACGAUGUCGCUCUGUACGAUACGGACACGGAUCGUUCGGCUGAAUGUCGCGCGCUUAAUAUCACGGAGGAAUUGGGUCAGGUACAGUACAUAUUCUCCGAUAAAACUGGCACCCUAACGGAAAAUAAAAUGCUGUUCAGACGAUGCGCAGUGGGCGGGCAAGAUUACUCCCACACCGGGGAGGGUGAGAAUUUGUUACCCUCCUCCAGACUGAAGGAGGACCUCAUCAUAGGUACAUUUAGACAACAUCUACAAGAAUUCCUAGUUGUAUUAGCGAUAUGUAAUACUGUUGUGGUCAAUUCUCAACCCCAUUACGACACCAUGAACUCCAGCGGAGUGAUCGAAGAGCCGCAGAAAAACGGCGACGAGACUGGAAGGUACACAAGAAUGAUAGAAACUCGAAGUUUAACCCCUUCGCCGGUUAUUCCUCUGUCGACGCUUUCGCAUCCAGUGAACAGUCUCGAGGAUAACGUAUCUUCGAUAUCUUCUAUGGUGGAAAUGGAAUCUGUUCUGAAUAAUUCCACGAAGUUGUCGAACAAAUUAUCAAGGCCGAGAUUCCUGAACGUGACGUCGAUACCAAGCCUAGGAAUGGGACUGUUGGGAAGAAAACUGUCGCCGAAUGGAGCGCAGAAACGACGCAGUCCGUUGAGUUCCGUUAUCGACGGUAGCGGGAAAAACGGAGACGAAUUGCUACCUGCGGCGGCAAUUUACGAAGCGGAAAGUCCCGACGAGCUCGCUUUAGUGAAUGCAGCUCGCGCCUACGACGUGAAACUUCUGAAACGCACGGCGCGUAGCGCGAUCGUUUGUUUGCCAGACAAGUCCAUUCUUACUUUCGAAAUUCUUCACGUGUUGCCGUUUGACUCCAACAGAAAGUGCAUGUCCGUGUUAGUGCGGCACCCGUUGACCAAUGAAGUGGUGCUGUACAGCAAAGGGGCCGAUAGCACAAUAUUUUCGUCGCUGACUUCUCAGGAAGAGAAUUCCAUUGUCACGAUGAGAGUCCGACAGCAUUUACAGUCGUACGCGCGACAGGGCCUUCGUACCCUGGUCAUGGCUAAGAAAUCCCUGACCGCACAGGAAUACGAAACAUGGCGGCAAACGCAUACCGAGGCUGAACUCGCGAUGGAGAACCGCGAGCAUCGUCUCAAGGACUCUUACGCGAAUCUAGAAUCCCAUUUGACUCUCCUAGGCGCGACCGGGAUCGAGGACAAACUCCAAGCAGGUGUACCCGAAACUAUGGCGACCCUGAUGGCGGCAGGAAUCGUCAUUUGGGUUCUAACAGGGGACAAGCCAGAAACCGCGGUGAAUAUUGCAUACUCGGCGCGUCUUUUUUCGCCUGCGAUGCAGCUACUGUGGUUGCAAGCAAGGUCCAAGUCGGUCGCCGAGGCCUUAAUCCACGGGUACCUGGAAACUGCGCGAAGAGAAAGCGCGGUUUACGGCAAUGAACGGGGAGGAAUGGAUAAUAUUAGAGAGAUUGCAAUGUUUAAUCGCGACGCGGCUGAGAACGAGGCGCACAGAAUAGGCAGUCCUUGGCCCAAACAACGAGCGCUCGUUGUCGAUGGGAAAACUCUGACCGUUAUCUUGGAUCCUCGAUCAGGAUUAACGAGACCGUUUCUCGAAUUAACGAAAGUGUGUUCUAGCGUGUUGGCCUGCAGAGCGACGCCUCUUCAGAAGUCAUACAUAGUACGUAUAGUAAAAGAACAAUUGGGAAUGAGAACGCUGGCUAUCGGCGAUGGCGCGAAUGAUGUUAGUAUGAUACAAACCGCGGACGUCGGUGUCGGUAUCUCCGGACACGAAGGGACGCAAGCCGUUAUGGCCGCAGACUUUGCCAUUUCACGAUUCUCGAUGCUUAGCAGGCUUCUUCUUCUGCACGGCCAUUGGUGUUACGACCGUUUGUCUAGGAUGAUCUUGUACUUCUUCUAUAAAAACGCGACCUUUGUCUUCCUUGUAUUUUGGUUCCAGAUGUACUGCGGCUUUACCGGAACAGUCAUGGUGGACCAGAUUUACUUAAUGUUGUAUAAUCUCAUGUUUACAUCAAUGCCACCACUAGCGUUGGGCGUAUACGACCGAGUAGCCUCGCCCGAUGUUUUAAUGUCUAUGCCCCAUUUGUAUAAAAGAGGACGACUCGGGCUCGUCUAUCAGCCACACUCGUUUUGGCUAACGAUGGCUGAUGCUUUGUACCAAAGUAUCGUUAUCUUUUUCGUAAAUGAGUGUGUAUAUUAUGAUUCGACAAUUGAUAUAUGGGAAUUUGGAACUACUGUAAUGACGUGUUGCAUCGUUGUUAUGCUUGCCCAUGUUUCCAUAGAAAUUCGAUCGUGGACCAUAAUCCACGUGUUCGCGAUAUUGGGAUCCUUAUCCGUAUUCUUUGGAUUCUGUUUAAUUUAUAAUAUAGUAUGCGUCAACUGUAUGGGACUGCUUUGUUCAUAUUGGGUAAUGGAAAUGGCUAUCGUGAGAUACACGUACUGGCUUACUGUAAUACUUACCUGCGUUCUGGCAUUAUUACCCAGGUUACUGUACAAAACCAUAAAAUGGACUAUAUCUCCGGAUCUCACACAAACUGCCACGUUUAAGGUACAGUCUAAAACCGGAAGCCAUCGACAACGAAUCGCUGAAAGAAGCGAGAAUAAUUUUAUCGCUGGUUGGUCGCGCUCGACUCAACAUGCUACGAUAAGAACUGGAAGUAAAAACGAUACAUUGACGACUAUCGUUGCAUGACACAAUUUGAAAUGUCAAACAAGACUGUCAGCACGUUGUAGCAAAUCCAU